AUGUCGCUUCUUGAAGAUAUAUUUUUAAACGAUGAGGCUGAUGAAGCAAAAGAGUUGGAGCGUAUUAUUGAAGGGGACGAAUAUGACGAUAAACCACAACCGCGCUCUGAUAGUGAUGAAAAUAGUGAAAAAGAUGAUGAAGCAGAAGAGGAGAAAAGACGUGUUGAUCCAUCUAGCACGAAAACAAAGCGUACGGUGAAAAAUCCAAGAUUUAUUUUAAAUCCUGCACGAUUGACUGGGCCUAGAGGCAUACAGGUUAUCCCUGAUCAUUUUAAAGACUUUAAAUUCAAAGGUAAAGGUCAUGAGAGAGAGGACUUAGAUUUAGUGUUAAAGAAGUUAGAACAUUGGGCUUACAGACUGUAUCCUAAGUUUCAAUUUGAAGAUUGUUUAAAGAAGAUUGAGACACUUGGCAAAAAGCGGCCAGUAAUGGUUCAUUUGCACAAAAUUAGAUCAGAUCAGUAUAUUUCAGAAGAAACGGUAGUACAAAAAGACUCCAGUGAUGAUGAUGAGAGCGCGCCAAUCGACAGAGAGGAGGAUGAGUUUGAUAAACUCUUGCAGCAGCAGAUUGACCUGGCAAGAUCUACACCUGGGCCUGAAUCUGCAAAAAAACCAGUGCUGGAUAGUUCUAUAAUGGAUAGGCCAUCUUUCAAUGCACCAAAAGCAACAUCUUCUCCAUCAAUAAGCGAUGAACAAAGAGAAAGAAUGAUGAGAAGUCGGAAAUUGGCAGAGGAGAGGCGCCUGGCUAGACUUAAAAAUAAUAGUAAUGUGUCAAAUAAUGCUUUAAGCAGUAAUAAAGAAAAUAUAGUAGUUGAUAUUAAUGAAGAAAACAUAGCAGACAAUAAAGAAGACGAUCAAACUAUGGAGGAAAAUAUAGAAAUGACAGUAGAUACAGAUGACAUACCAGUAACUAAAAAGCAUAAUAAAACAAAUGUCAUUGACAGUUCAGACGACGAAGACAAUGUGAUGCAUGUAAAUGAAUCUGUUGCAGUAGAUGUCCAUACUGCCGUUACGAAUGGAAGUAAUAGUGUACUGAUAAGUAAUACUAAGUUUGUUGAAGAAAAUAAAACAACUAAUAAUUGUGAUAAUAUUAGUGAUUUAGGUGUUAUGACCGUGGAUAAUAUAAGUAAAGAUUUUAUAGAAAUACAAAAUCCAGACAAAGAAAAUCAUUUGUUUGAUGAAUUGAAAAAUACUUCAAACAAUGACAAUAAUGGCUUAGUUAAUAAUGAAGACAAUAUCGAAAUGGAAACAACGAAUGCAAAAACAAAUUCAAAAAACUUCAAUGAUAAUAAAGAACUAAGUAGUAUUAACAACAAUACUUCUAGUGAACAUCGAGUAGAAGAUGAUAAUCAUGAUAAUCCUGAACAAAUUUAUAAGCCAGUAGAAAAACCAAUGGUUGAUCUAGAACAUACUAAGUCCAUUGAAAAUACAGUUGAGCCAAAUGAAUGUGUAACACCAAAUGAAGAUAUAAUGGAAUCAACCGAGAACAAGCAGGAUACAACUAAUACAGAAAAAUCUACUGGAACGGAGGAAUUUAAAUCAAAGGAAUCAGAUAUAAUGCUAAUUGGAAAUGAGGAAAAAAAUGACGUUACGAAAGAUCUUGGUGAUAUUAUGGAAUUAGAUUUUAGUGAAGAUUUCUAA